UGUCUUGUACGUUUACUUUCUAAUAUUUCGACUUUUUAAUGAUAAGCAGGGUGAUUUGGGGACAAUAGAGAACAAUGGGCUCUCUGUGACGAAGUUCUUCCGUUGCGUCAUGGCAAUAAUCUACGUGCUUGAGCCAACACCAACCAACACGUGCACACACGUCACGUGUAUUUGCUUGUUUUGCUCGAGCCUCCGUGCCAUCCUAGUUUUCCUAUUCCUAUUUUGUCCAAGUUAGCGACUAGAGGAGCCCCGAUAUAAACUAGGAUGUCACCAAAGCUAGUGCUCGUGGGCUCAUGGCAAAGAUGAGGGAGGCGUUGUUGACCUUGGCGCUUGGCCAGAUACUUGCCCAAAUCUACGGAUGAUCCUUUUAUUAUAUUAUUUAUGAUAACCUAGAAGCUUCCAUCUGUAGAAUGUCCUUGUAAUAACGUGUAGGCAUCCAGCAGAGGGCACCAAUAGCAUGAGGCUGAUUCUAUGCGAUAGGGUACUGCCGAGGACAAGGCUAAUUGCAAAAGUUUCAAAUUCAAAAAGACCCAAAUAAUAUAACUGUUAGAGAAUGGGUGGAACACAGUACAGAAGGACUUGUAACGUUACCCCCUUGGUGAGGGGGUGUGUAUGUGGGAUGGGUGGGGGUGUCUUAAAGGGUCAGGACUCAGGUGGCUAGGGUGUCCUUUCACCAAGGAGCUAUUUAAAAGGAAAGCAGUGACCUACUUUGCCAACUGCGUAUAAAUAUGGGGCUCAGCACAGACACUGAGACAGGAAAUAUGAGAGGUUUCUGGUGCUCACUCAUCUAUUAGCCUUCCAACAGAAAUGGAAAGAAAAUCAGUAACAUUACUGACAUCAAGGAGGCCUGUCAUUUGAAGAAAUACAAUUUCACUCCCAGGUCAGGUUGGGAUGUCAUUUGAUAUGCCAUGAUUGACCACCUCAGGGGAAAAAAUGAACAUCCCUCAGAAUCUGUAAUGGUACAGUCUGUCAGAGAGCAACAAGAUGUCAUGGUGCAGGAGCAUGUAGCCCAGUGGUUAUGAGACGGGCAGACUUCAACAUGAGGAGGAAACAUGCUGUCGUUCUCCUUGCCGCAUCCUGCCUAAUAUCUUGUCUCACAGUUUUCCUGAUCUCCACCUGGGUGUAUGAAGAUCCCCAUGGGAAGACAAAAGGAAGACCUCAAAAAUAUGUCACCAGUCAAAGAGCCAAGAUAGUGAAUCGGGACAGCAAUCGCACACCAAGCAGGCAUCCAUCUAUUGGGCAACAGUUCCUUCAAGAGUACUGCAAUGUCCCAAAUGCUUCUGUCUCGGGAGAGGAAGGGGAUGCACCACCGGGUUACCACUUGGAGUCUGUUCAGGUUCUGAUACGCCAUGGUGACAGAACGACAUACUACCCCAUCCCAGGGUUCAACAUGGAACCCUGGAACUGUCAACUUGAUCCUGACAGGUCGCCCUCCCACCCCAAACUCCCAGCAUUCCUUGAGAGCGUGAUAGCUUUAAAACCUGAGCAGGUGGACAGACCGUUGCACAAGUUCUCUGCCUAUCCUCAAGCCAAGGUGUGUAAGUAUGGACACCUGACGCAGCAAGGAGCUGUACAGCAUCUGUACAAUGGUGAACACCUCCACAAUGUGUACAUCAAGAAGUGGAAGCUCCUUCUGCCCAACUGGAAUAAAAGUGACGUUCUUCUUAUGACCACUAAGAUGAGUCGGACCUACCAAAGUGCCAUAGCUUUCUUGCAUACGUUUCUACCCAAUUCUGACUCCGAGAACUGGUUUAUGCAUGCAGUCAACAGCUUAGUUUUUUGUCAGCGUGGAAAAGGCUGUGAGUGUAACUCUAAAAUGACGUACUUUCGCAUGGAGGCUUCAAGGUACUCACAUCGUACAGAGUCUGCAGAGGGCGUGGUUCGUGUGCUUAAAGAAAUCGCUCACACCUUUGGGAUGACCCGAGCUGAGCUUGGCUCUCUUACCCAUGUUCUGGACCUAUUCAACACCCACCUCUGUCACAAGAUUGAUCUGCCUUGUGGCAAAAAGACUUGUCUGAAGAUGACACAAUUUGACACACUUAUCAAACACUUUAUAGAAAAUAAUCGUAUAAGGGCAGAGGAAGGUGCUUUUGCUAGUUACGCUGAUCUAGAGAUGAACCCUAUGUUGUCAGUCAUGCUGUCAUUGAUGAAGAAAUCUGCACCACCCAAGUUUGUUCUGUACUCAGGACAUGAUGUGACGGUUUCUCCUCUUCUCUACUCACUGGGCAUCCCGGAAACCAAAUGGUGCCCCUACGCCACAAGAGUGGUGUUUGAGUUAUGGCGUGAUAGUGCAGGCAGUGCCCGCUACAUACGUGUGUUGUACAACGGGGUAAACGUGACGGACCAGCUCAAGUUCUGUGCCGGCCACACUAAGGAUGGAAUGUGCCCCCUGGAGUCCUUUGCUUUCUUCGUCAAGAAGGGAGUAUUCGAGAAACUUGGUGCAGACAGUUAUGAAGAGGCUUGCAUGAAAAUGCCAUGACUCUACCAUGUUCAACUGUUAACCAUGGGUCUUUACCACAAAGUUUUUGUGCAAUCUAAGAUUUAUUACAUGUCAUAAAAGGACCACUGUGUAGGUUUUGUUGAGACUUUUAUUCAGUUGCAAAUUGAGGGUUCCAUCCUGGAUAUUGGUGAAGAAAAGUGCCAUGGACUAUUCUGUAUGUACAUGUAGGUCACUGCCACUGGCAUAAUAGCAUUGUUAUCAAUUUAACAUUUGAAGAAGUUCAAUUAUGUGUAUAUCAGUAUUAGUAUAAGAGAUAUGCAAUAUACUGUAUUCAGUCAAAACAUUCUUCAAAUGAGCAAGAGGAUUGGUGUACAUAUACCUAAGGCUGCUGAAGUUGCUGAAAAAUAUAUUAAAAUGUACAACAUGAGAUAUUAUCAAAAUGUGUAAUACCAGCUUCUCCAAUGAAAGUAAAAGUUGGUGCCAAAUA